UAAUUGUAGGUAAGUCAUCUUCGGCAAUUCCGUAUUUAACGCAAUAUAGUCUACCAAGACAUGAGGUUUUAGCAUUACCAACAAGGAUACUCAAGUUAAUUACAGACUGCUCCAAGGGAACUGUUAGGGUUAUCAUGAAAAGUGCAGCUCAAGUACCCCAGGCUCCUGCACGAUUGGACCCUACCAGUGGCAAAAAUGGUGCUCUGACGGUGGUUCAAGGGCCCAUGCAUGCACGUCAUGGUCUCUCUAGAAGGGUCAGUUACAGAGUUAACACUUGUAACAAAGCUGGAAGACUGAAAGACCAGACGAAAAGACAGCUGGUACAGAAAUUAUUCUCCCUCUGGAUCCGGAAAACGUUUGGUCUAGUUCAUCCGUCUGAAGCUAGGACACAUUACCAACAUAGAGUUCUACGAAAUGCAUUUGCGGUAUGGAAAGGAGAGUGGUGGGUCACCAGGAGGGAGUGGAGACUGUGCAUGAGAGCCGAAUGUCACUAUAGGUACCGACUGUUUAACCAAGUUUUCAUCAACUGGCAGCAGUUUGUGGCUAUGCAAAGAGAGCGCAAGGAGAGAAUUCAAAUGGCAGCCAUCUACGUUGAAGGGCGUUGUCUGCGCUUGGCCUGGGAAAGAUGGAGAUCGUAUCUGGAGAUGCAAAGGAUUAAACAUAACCGUCAAAAGGCCGCUCAGAAGCUGUGGGAGAAUACUGCCCUAAGGUCUGCGUGGAUGCUGUGGAGUGGGUGCUUGCAGCGCCAGGACAGACAGCACGUCUUGGAAGAGUGUGCCCUGCAGCACUGGGCACUGUCACUGCAGAGCAGGGCUUGGCUGCAGUGGAGAGAAGUGUAUGUGCAGGCCUGCAGUCUAAGAGAGGGGGAGACCAGAGCCUCUCUGCACCACAAUCAUGGGCUCCAGAGAAGGACUCUGUUCGCUUGGACCAGCUACCUUUAUUAUCGGCAAGCCAGGAAGGAGCAGGAAGUUUCAAGCGAACACAUGAGGCAUCGCGUGGUCUUGAGGAGGUAUUGGAGUACAUGGCAAGACGAGUUGUCACACAGACAGAAUGAGAGGGCUACAUGGGAGGCUGCCUCUGCUCUGGCCCUCCAACGUGUCCAGCGCCGGGCCCUGCAUUGCUGGAAAGGCUAUACGAACCAGUGUUUGGAAGAGGCAGAGAGAAACCAAUCUGCCUGUGAGCACUACAAACAGCACCUGAUGCGCAUGGGAUUGACACUUCUGACCCUGAAUGUAUCUCAGCGCAAGGCUCAUCAAAUUAACAAGAAUGUUGCACUCCAGCAGUAUCGGCACAGUGUCAUUGCUAAGUAUUGGAAUCGCUGGCAGGAAUGUUACGAGGAAAUUGAAGAAAGGAACCAUCAACAAGAAAGACAUACCGCACUCACACACUACAGCAUGUCUCUGCUGAAUAAGACCCUGCAUUUCUGGAGAAAGCGCUUCACUGAAAAUAGAAUUGGGAAGGAGAUGGAGCUCAGGGCAGACUGCUAUUAUGCAAGAUGGGCCCUUCCACAAUUUUUUGACUUCUGGAAAGAGUAUGUCGCGCAGAAGAAGGAAACCCGGGGGAGGAUGGGGGCAGCAGAGGCCCAUGUUCAGCAGAGGGUGUGUACCUGGGUAUUCUACACCUGGUUGGCUCGAUCAGAAGAACAAAGGGACAAACGGUUGGCAGAGAGGAUGGCGGUGUUACAUGCAGACCGGUCUACUUUGCUCCGGGUCUUUGUCAACUGGCAGUCCAGAGCAGACUGGGAGAGGGAGGAGAGGGACAAAUGCCAAGCUUCAGAGAGACUGUACCUGCACACACUGCUUCACAAAACCCUGCGGCAAUGGAGAGACAACAUUGCCCUAAUUCAAUCAGGAAGAGAAAAUGAGCAGCGGGCUGUGACACAUAACCAUCUACUCUGUGCUCAAAAGGCCUUCACAGGCUGGAGAAAGUAUGUUCAAGACGGGAGAGGGAAAAAGAGAAGGCUUGAGAAAUUUGACCACUACCACCAUGGAAAACUGUUGGCACACACACUACAUGGCUGGAAGGAGUACCACCACACGGCACAACAGGCCAACCACAUUGCAGAGGAGCGUCAGAGACUCCAUCAUCAAAAUCUUUUGAGGAAAGCAUUGUACACAUGGAGGGGGAAUGUCACCCUAUUGAUGAGAGAAAAGGCCAAAGAGAAUAGAGCUUCUAAGCAAUACCAACUCAUUCUUCUGUCCAAGGUGCUGCUGAUGUGGAGGGAGGCCACUGUUUGCGCUAUUUACUCCCGUCAUCAACAGGAAGAGGAACUGACGGUAGCACAGACUCACCUGCACAGAGUGGGUUUGCAACAGAUGUUUCAGCGUUGGAGGACACAAGGCCAGGAGGUUCGGCAGGAGAGACUGAGCAUGGAAAGGGCUGGGCAAAAUCACCAAACUGCUCUCCUCCGCAGAUGCCUUGGGGCUUGGGUUCGGCACUACCGCCAGCACCAACGCAGAAAGGUAAUGCAAGAGCAGUCCAACUGCUUACUGCAGCUCAGGACCUGUCUGCGCUACUUCACCUUCUGGAAAAGACAGCUGCGGCUUAGAUAUGAAGAAUCUGUGCGUACAGAUGUGGCUCUCUGGCACUGGUCAUUCAAACUGCUUGCCAAGGUAAUGGAGGCUUGGAGGUGCUGGGUGUCAGAGCAGCAGCGGAAGCAGGACCGGCUUGCACAUGCAGCCCAGUUUCACAGAGAUCAGUUAUUGAGGGAGGGUGUGGCGUGUAUCCUGUCCCACACAGCAGACAUGCACCACUUCCGUAUCAGUGUGGCACUGCAGAGCCAGGAACAGAGUGCCCGGCGACUGCAGGGUGUGGUGUGGCGUUGUGCUAUGCUGUGGAAGCAGCGUGUCCUGGGUGAGCCCGGCAGAAGUUGGGGCAAGAAUCGCAAGAAGAGUGUCUCCUUCUGUCUGCCACUGCCCAUCCCCACUCCAGGGAGCACCAGUGAAGACGACACAGUGGGGCGAGCUAUUGAACAUGGGCCAGCAGGCCACACGUCUGACCAACUAUUUUCGGUGUGCACAUCCAGGCUGCAGCCACGACGGCCUGAGCACCUUUUGAAGGCCCUGGACAAAGAAUCGCCCCAUAAAUCUGAACCUCACAAAUCUGUGCUUCACACAAACAAAAGUGCCCAGGUGUUGUCGUCCCCACCUAGCACUGCAAAUCCCAUUCAAACAAAGGGCCAGGCUACCCCUCCAGCCCCAGAAAUAUUCUGCUCACCUGCUACUGCACAACAACAACUGUCAGGCCACCAACACCACUCUACAAACCAGGAAGUCCUGCUACCUCCCUCCUCCUUCGUGACAUCUGGAGUUCAUAUAGAACUGCAACACAGCACAUCAACAUUAAUGGCCCAGCCUGGGCACAGCCAUUCAGACAUUUUGCAGUUGCCAAAGAAGUUCACCAUGUGCCAGAAAGCUGCUCCCACAGGUUCUGUGUGCAAGGAACGUAAACAGACGGAUUCCAAGCUGGUUGACCAACAGCCCUACUGUCACACCAGCACUUCUCUUGGCAAAGAGCUUCUCAGCAUUCAACAGAAAAUGCAUCAUUAUCAGAGUGAGAAGAGGCAGCUGCAGGCCUGGCGUAGACUUUCAGACGUGUUGAGGAGCUGGUUAAAUACCAGUGCAAGUGAGGAUGAGACCGAGUGCCAUUCAACUCGCCUGGAGCUUGAGGAGCUGGAGGCCCGGAUGAGUAGAUUGGCCACCUGGUUGGAGAAAGAGAAGCCAGUGAUGCAAUGCUAUGCUGCCAGGAUUCACAGCAUUUCUAGUAGCCUUCAGGAGAGCAAUCUUUGAAAAGAUUUAACCAGGGUCCUGUGUGCUACCAGUGUGUAUGAUGGAAGGCAAAAUUACAGUUGCCCUGAUAUAACUAGAGGGAAAGUAAUUAAACUCCCAGUAACAGAAACGGCAAGCCAUCUCUCCACUUUCUCACCUAUGUUUGUAGUUUUACAAGUAUGAGGAUUUGGCAGCAUAUUUGUGGCAUUGAAAUGUAUUUUUAUUAGGUUAUAUUAUGUUAUACAAAUGACAUUUUUUUGUAACAUUUCACUGGGUUUCAUAUAAAAUGUAAAAAACAACCUGUACCUGUGUGUGGUGAGCUUCUUGUGUCCAAGGGUUCAGCCACUCAGUUACAAAAUACUACUGGUAUUGUAAGAAACAAUACAUUCCUUAUUAUAGAUUAUGACUGAUCAGUUGAGAAAUUAUGUUGAAAUCAAUGCUGCGGCAAAAACAAUGAUGGAGUAACCCCAUCUUCCUUCCGAUGUGAACCCCAUCACCCAAAUAUUUUAUAUACAGGCUUCAGAACAUAUUCAGCCUUAACUUUUGCAUACUUUAUUGUGUUAUUGUGUUGUUGAUUUAUUUAUCAACCUAUAAUGACAAAGAUCAUAAUCAUUUUGUUUCAGGUACCUGUGAUUGUAGCAAAAACACACUUAAGAAUUACUCUUGAGAAUAUUUCAAGCCUUAUUUAAGAGAAAGUGUGGUUGAUAGCUGCUUAUAAAAAAUAUUUCAUUAUUUCUGUAAUAAAAAGAAUCCUAUGGAAAAGCA